AUGGCAAGGGUCGGUCUGAGUUCAAACCUGAGGGGCUAUUCCUAUUUGGGAAUAGCACCUGACCUUUCGGGCCAACAUUGGAAGGCGGCUCCACAUGCAGCACGACUCUCAUCUUCCCCACACCACGCUACGGAAUGCCACGAAAUGCCACUACGCUUCAUCGAAUUGAACAACCCACAGAUUCCAACAUGGGGGGAAACUUCAUUGGAUCUCUUUCUACUUUCUGAAUGGGACAAGCAUCACCCUGACCCAUACGACUCCAAGGAGUCCACCACCGACCGCCGCAGAAGGCUUUUACGUCAAUUCCUCGCACUAGGAUGUGAAGGAAGAGAGAUAGAUGAUAUCCUUCGGCCCAUCAGGCCUGAAGUACUGCGGGUCUACGGUAAUAAUACUGGUUCUGACGUAGGCUGCUGGCUUCGUCUCUGCUACACUAAUCAAGAGGGCCAUGAUACUCUAUGGUCUGCCAACAAAGACACCGAAUGGGUGUCUGAAGGGGCGGUUGUGCUUGACGAUGAAAGUAUAUUCGGUGGGCUGGAUUUGACAGCUGCUCUGGAAAUAUUUCCGGAGCGCGUCGCAAACGAGCCGGUCAAUUUUGAUUCCCGAGAGGAGAGUCUCAAGGCUGCGAUAGAGGAAACCAAAGAAGGCGGCUGGGACGAAGAACCGCUUGAGGCAUACGUUUAUUAUCAGACAGAUUGCGUUGUGACCCAUAUGUUUGUGGAGGAUGAGGUUGCGGUGAACGGAGGAGGUUUGUUGCAUGUGUUUCUGGACGACCGUGGGAAUGUGGUCCGGCAAUGGCGGGUGGACGAGGGAGAAGACGAAAUGUAUGAUGGCUCAUGGUUUGAGCGUGUUUGGAAAGGAGAUUUUGAAGCUGAGAGGGGGGAAGUUGGUCCUGCUUAUCGUGAGGGUGAAAGGGUCAUACUCCCAAAUACACUCCAGGGACUUUGA